GUUCGCGGUAUGGCUGAGGCGGUGGGUGCUGCGGCCGAGUCUCUGCCGGGAGACCGGGCGCGUGCGGCGCGCACCGUGCUGGAUCAGGUGGUGCUCCCGGGUGAGGAGCUGCUGCUGCCGGAGCAGGAGGACGCUGAAGGCCCAGGGGGUGCUGGGGAGCGACCGCUGCGCCUGAAUGCGGGGACGCGCUCCCGGGGGCGCGUCGUGUGCGGCCCGGGCUUGCGGCGCUGUGGCGACCGCCUACUGGUCACCAAGUGCGGCCGCCUCCGUCACAAGGAGCCCGGCGGCGGCAGCGGCGGUGGCGUUUACUGGGUGGACUCACAGCAGAAACGGUAUGUCCCCGUGAAAGGAGACCAUGUGAUCGGCAUAGUGACAGCUAAGUCUGGAGAUAUUUUCAAAGUUGAUGUUGGAGGGAGUGAGCCAGCUUCUUUGUCUUACUUGGCAUUCGAAGGUGCAACUAAAAGAAACAGACCAAAUGUGCAGGUUGGAGAUCUCAUCUAUGGCCAGUUUGUGGUUGCUAAUAAAGAUAUGGAACCAGAGAUGGUCUGCAUUGACAGCUGUGGACGAGCCAGUGGAAUGGGUGUGAUUGGACAGGACGGUCUGCUUUUUAAAGUGACCUUGGGCUUAAUUAGAAAGCUCUUGGCUCCAGACUGUGAAAUCCUACAGGAAGUGGGAAAACUCUACCCACUGGAGAUAGUAUUUGGGAUGAAUGGAAGAAUAUGGGUUAAGGCAAAGACCAUUCAGCAGACCUUAAUUUUGGCAAACAUUUUAGAAGCUUGUGAACACAUGACAGCAGAUCAGAGAAAACAGAUUUUCUCCAGAUUGGCAGAAAGUUAGAUGGAAUUUUUUUAUGGGUCAAUUGACCCAAGAGACUAUGGGUUUCCUGGGGAAAAGUUUUUCAGGGGACUCUCUCCCCAUUAAACUUUCAGAAGACAAAAUGUGAAUGUACAUAUUGUCUUAUCAAAGUCCUAAAUAUUUUUAUAAAAAUGUUACUAGUUGCCACCCAUGUUCUUGUGGGUGAGAAAAAUCAUUAUAAAAUAAUGAUGUAUUUUUUCUUUACAAUAAAGUUUACUAAAAGUACGAUCA